AUGAGAAUGCGUCUUUCCAAGGCGCUGGUGGACAUGGAGCUGGCCGACUACAGCGCUGCUCUGGAUCCGGCCUACACCACUCUGGAGUUUGAGAACAUGCAGGUGUUGGCGAUGGGCAGUGACGUCUCCCCGUCCGAGGGAGUCAACCUCAGUGCCCCCAACAGCCUGGGCAUCGGCGCUCUGUGUGCCAUCUGCGGAGACCGGGCCACGGGCAAGCAUUAUGGGGCCUCCAGCUGCGACGGUUGCAAGGGAUUCUUCCGGAGGAGCGUGAGAAAAAAUCACAUGUACUCCUGCAGGUUCAACAGGCAGUGCGUCGUGGACAAGGACAAGAGGAACCAGUGCCGUUACUGCCGUCUGAAGAAGUGCUUCCGAGCGGGGAUGAAGAAGGAAGCCGUGCAGAAUGAACGCGACAGGAUCAGCACGCGCAGAUCCAGCUAUGAAGACAGCAGCCUGCCUUCCAUCACCGCCCUCCUCCAGGCGGAGGCCCUCUCCCAGCAGAUCACGUCUCCCGUCCCGGGCCUGAGCGGAGACAUCAGGGCCAAGAAGAUCGCCAGCAUCGCGGACGUGUGCGAGUCCAUGAAGCAGCAGCUGUUAGUCCUGGUGGAGUGGGCCAAAUUCAUCCCGGCCUUCUGCGAGCUGCCCCUAGACGAUCAGGUGGCACUGCUGCGGGCCCAUGCCGGGGAACACCUGUUGUUGGGAGCCACGAAGAGGUCCAUGGUCUUCAAAGACGUGCUGCUCCUAGGAAACGACCACAUCGUCCCGCGGCACUGCCCGGAGCUAGUGGAGAUGAACCGCGUGGCCAUGCGCAUCCUGGAUGAACUGGUGUUGCCCUUUCAAGAGCUGCAGAUCGAUGACAACGAAUACGCCUGCCUCAAAGCCAUCAUCUUCUUUGACCCAGACGCCAAGGGGCUGAGCGACCCGAGCAAGAUCAAGAGGAUGCGCUACCAGGUGCAGGUGAGCCUGGAGGACUACAUCAGUGACCGGCAGCACGACUCCCGGGGCCGUUUCGGGGAGCUGCUGCUGCUGCUGCCGGCCCUGCAGAGCAUCACUUGGCAGAUGAUAGAGCAGAUCCAGUUCGUCAAGCUCUUCGGCGUGGCCAAGGUCGACAACCUGCUGCAGGAGAUGCUGCUGGGAGGCACGUCGAAUGACGGACCCCAUACGCACCACCCCCUCCACCCCCACCUGAUGCAGGAGAACAUGGGCCCCAAUGUGAUCGUCGCCAACACCAUGCCCGCUCACCUCGCCAACGGACAGAUGUCCACUCCAGAGACUCCUCAGCCCUCUCCGCCGGCAGGCCCAGGUCCGGACCACUACAAGCUGCUUCCCGGAGCCAUCGCGACGGUCGCCAAGCAACCCAGCUCCAUCCCCCAGCCCGCCAUUGCCAAACAAGAGGUCAUCUAGCCCCCCGCCCCAGGAAGCCCUCGGCCCACUGGACCACCGCAGGGCCGGGAGCCGAUGGGCUGACUCUGGACCCCGGAAACGUCGGGGGGCCUGUCUCUCACGGACACACGCUUGACCCUGCCGGUCCAGGGGUCCGCUCCAGGAUGCCAGAACUGGACACCCGAGAACUAGAGUGAAAGCGCUACGUGCCUGCUCCGGAGGGAACCCGUGGCGGGUGGAUUGAGGGUGCACCGGAGGUGGACUAGGACCUGAGGUUUCCCGGCAGCCUGCCUUUGCCCCCACGGAUGAUCCUCUCAAUGCUGAAGCCACCCCACAGACUGUGCCCCUUCAACUCUCACCUCUAAGCCCAACUCCCAAGGGCUGCGGGUGGUGGGAACUUCCCCUAUCACCUUCAUCCAGGUGGUCUUCAGCUGGCAGAGGCUCUUGGGAGUCUUGCUCUCUCCUCCUCCUCAUCCGGGGAGGCUUCGGGGCCGAGGAGACCGGCCACGUGGGCUGGAGUCUCUGCCUGGUCAUGUUGGGUUCCCUCCCCACCCUAGCCCUGAUCUCUCGCCCGGCCAGAGGUUGGCAUUGGCUGAGAAUGGUGCAGCCCACUCAGGAGCUGGCACGGAUCGGGCCUCUGAAGCAAUAAGCGGGGGAUCAUCCCCCUCCACCCGCUCUGGGCAAUAGGGUGGGUGACCCCUCGCACAAAUCCCUCGGGCCUGGCGAGGUUCCCCUCAACCCACCCUGCCCUUCUCUCCCCACUUUCCUGCUCCUACCACUCCUCAGAGGCUGAGAACCUGCUGUUCCCUCCAGGCCUGGGGGGAAGGCCGGAUCUGGAAAGGGGGUCCCCAUUGAUCUCCGGGGGUCGCUGAAGGCCAACCCGGGGCGAGGGAUGAGACGAGAGGGUGGAGGAUGGAGGGAGCCAGCGGGCAUCCCACGGUUGCCGUGUGGACUGGCUGCAUCAGAGGGGUGGGAAGCUGGGGGAGAGGGCAGGGUGGGGGUCCCAGAGGCCAAGAGUGUGGCCCGAGCUUACCCAUCCGCCGGUGUGGAAGGGAGCCCGUGCCAGAACUGGGCUGGAGGUGGGAAGAAAGGUCCAAGAGAGAGAACUUCACCCUUCUCUGGGCGUGAAGUUGCUCUUCCUGGCCCCUCUGCAGUGCUCCUGGAGUCCAGCUGCCAACAGUCCAGAUCAGGUGCCCGCGGGCUCUCAGAAACCUCUGGGCUCUGCAGGCUGGAGGCGAGAGAGGGCCUCCUGAUGUCACCUCCACCUCCACCUCCACCUCCGCUCUGUCUGGGCUGUUCCCGGCCCCUACCCCCGGCGCACACCAGGAAGGACGUUUUGACCAGAAUCGGCAGGCCCUGGGAGUGGUCCGAACCCAAGGAGGGUCCCAAAGGGAGCCAGGCCCACCUCCCGGGCCGGGGGGCACCCACUCCUGUCCCUUGGCUUGGCAAAGGGUUUCACAGGUGGAGGGAGGAUGGGUUGGAUCUCACUGCCAAGUUGAAGCUUAGGAGUUGGAGUGCUCACGGCGGAGAAUGAGGACACUUUUCACUUCUCAAGGCCUCAGGGCCCAUAUGCCCACCGACCCCUCUCCCCUCAACUCUAGCUCUCUUCCCCUGCCCUCUCCUCCAGUCCUCCCCUCACCCCAGUCCCUUUCGGUCCUCCUCUCCCCCACCACUCCCCAGAGGCACUAGGGAAGGACCGUCCGGAUGGGGGGACUUGAUUGCGAUGAUGAAACCAAUCGUUUUGGCUAAAUGAUUUGUAAUUCUCCAUGAUUGUCUCUAAUUUCCAAAUGAAACGCGGUCGCUCCGCCCCUCUGGCACGAGGGCAGAGCUGAGCCCAGAAAAAGCCGGAGGCCAGAGACCAGCCAGCGUACCCCGGCAGCCUCCCCUCCUCCGCCAGCUCCUGCCCUUCCAGCACCGGCCUUCCGAUGGGAAAAAGAGCCUUCUCAACCGCCCUCUGGGUUUUAACAAAAGUGGAAAAGAAAGAAAUAAAU